UCCCCUUAACUCCUAUCUCUCUCUCCCUCCUUUUAUUCUUAGCCCUUCUUGGCUUCUUCUUUAAUUUUCUCCUUUCUGAGUUAGCCCAGAACACCACAGCAGCUACAAUGGAGACUGGGAAUUUGCCGCCGGCCUUCAAGUCCAAGUUCACUUUCUAUAUGGCAGUUUGUUGGAUAAUUGCAGCCUUUGGAGGGCUCAUGUUUGGUUAUGAUAUUGGAAUUUCAGGAGGAGUGACAGCAAUGGACGACUUCUUGAUUGGGUUCUUCCCAGAAGUCUAUGAAAGGAAACGCCAUGCACAAGAGAACAAUUACUGCAAAUAUGACAACCAACUUCUCCAACUGUUUACUUCUUCCUUGUAUCUUGCUGCUCUCCUUGCUAGCUUCAUUGCAUCAAAGGUGUGCACUGUUGCCGGCCGGAAGUGGACGAUUCGAUGGGCAUCUCUGUUGUUCAUUGCAGGAGCUGUCUUAACAGCUGGAGGUGUCAACAAGAUUAUGUUGAUCUUUGGGAGAAUCCUUUUCGGCAUUGGUGUUGGUUUUGGUAAUGAGGCAGUUCCCCUAUUCUUGUCCGAAGUUGCCCCACCUAAACAUAGAGGUGCGGUGAACAUUCUAUUCCAGCUCUUUGUGACAAUUGGGAUAUUGAUUGCAAACAUAGUUAACUACUUCGCAUCAAAGAAGCACCCAUGGGGUUGGAGGUUAUCCUUAGCUAUUGCAGCUGCACCUGCUAUUGUUCUACUCUUGGGUUCCUUCUAUAUUACAGAAACUCCCACAAGCCUUAUCGAAAGGGGGAAGCAUGAGAAAGGGAAAGCAGUACUUAAGAAGAUCAGGGGUGUCAACGAUGUUGAUGAUGAGUUUGAUCAAAUUGUAAGGGCAAGUGAGAUAGCCCACCAAGUGAAGCACCCCUUCAAGAAGCUCAUGAAUUUGUCAAGCAUGCCACCACUUAUCAUUGCCAUCUUACUGCAAGUUUUUCAACAAUUCACAGGGAUUAAUGCCAUAAUGUUCUAUGCCCCAGUCCUGUUUCAGACAGUAGGGUUCGGGAACGAUGCGGCGUUAUUAUCAUCAGUCAUCACUGGGCUUGUGAAUGUGAUUAGUACAUUGGUCUCAAUUUUGCUUGUUGAUAAAGUUGGGAGGAGGGUAUUGCUUAUUGAAGCUUGUUUUCAGAUGUUCAUCACACAGAGUAUAAUUGGGGGAAUUCUACAUGCACAUUUGAAGAGUUAUAGUGAUACACUUGGGCAUGGACAAGCAAUUCUGGUGGUCUUGCUAGUGUGUGUUUAUGUGAUGGGUUUUGCUUGGUCAUGGGGUCCUCUUGGUUGGUUGAUCCCUAGUGAAACCUUCCCAAUGGAGACAAGGACUGCAGGUUUUGCAUUUGCAGUGAGCUCAAACAUGCUUUGCACUUUUCUAAUUGCUCAAGCAUUCUUGUCAAUGCUGUGUCACAUGCGAGCUAUGAUCUUCUUCUUCUUUGCUGGAUGGAUUGUUGUCAUGGGGCUAUUUGCCUUCUUCUUGUUGCCAGAAACAAAGAAUGUACCAAUUGAUCUCAUGGUGGAGAGGGUCUGGAAGCAACACAGAGUUUGGAAGAAAUUUAUGGUUGAUGAUAACCAAAGUGGCAUUGAAGCAGGAAGAUGAGGAAAUUCCAAUGAGGAUUUGCAAGAAAUUCAUUGCUGAUGAAGAUGAAAAUGUCAUCGAAGCAAGAAGAUGAAGAAAUUCCAAUAAGUUGAAACCUCUUACGUCUACCAACUUAGUUUUUUAUGGCGCUUUUUCAAUUUUAUUGAGUUUUGUUUUAGGAUUUCAAAAAAUUGUGCCCCAUUAGAAAAUGAUGAUUUUAGUUGAUCUUCCCCACACCCCUUAGUGGCAGGAGCUUCGUGCACACAGUCUUUUUUUUCUGUCUUUAUGAUGUCAUGUGACUUCUCACUCAUGCCCCUUCCUAUGCUCACAUUCGCUUGGUGUGGGAGAUUACAUUCCAUACCAACAAUAUAUUAUGGUGAUCCCCUGCCUUAUUUGAUUGA